UAUUUUAUUAGACAGGUUUCAUAGGAAACUCCUACAUUCGUCCGGUACCGUCCGAAAUGAUAAACCAGGUAAGAAGGUACCGCAGAGCUUUAAACGAUACUGAUCAUCUUGAUAACAAGAUUUACCACAUAAUUCAAAAGAUACCUGAGUCCGAGCUCAAGAAAGAGUUACCAUUGAAAAUAAUAAAAUCAAGGUCCAGAAGAUCUUACCCAACAGUCCUUUAUCCAGAAGUACUAGUUAUCGUCGACUACAGCCUGAAUAGCAAAUUCGGGGGUAAUAUGAAGGAAAUUCUUGUCUACCUAUUGUCGUACUGGAAUGGCGUCGACAUGCGAUUCCGGGGGAUUAAAAACCCUAAGAUAAGGCUAAAUAUCGCGGGAAUUAUGUUUGCUCAAGAUCCGUGGAGCCUGUCGUACAUUAAAAACUAUAUUGAAGAGAAGCGGGCCAAUGAUUACAUUUCGAAAAUCGAAUCCAAGGGACGUUGGUUGUACAGAAUGAAUUCGGUGAUUCCGAUCGACAGUUAUGACGUCGCUGUGACAAUGAUGACACAUAAAAUGUGCGAUUAUCAAGGAUGUUCAAUUUUGGGCGUCAGUCCAGUUGGAUCAGCUUGUCAUGUGGAUCAUGCCCAUCAAACAAUGUACAAAGUUUUAAUUGUUCGUGACACUGGGGCUUAUGAAGGAAUUUCAUCUACCGUUCACGAAUUAGGCCAUGCAUUCGGUAUGAACCAUGAUGGCCAAAUAAACAGAGGAUGUCCGAGCCAAAAUGGCUUCAUAAUGGCACCCAGUGAUGUACACACUCCUCAACAAUUUGACUGGUCUUUAUGCUCGUUAAUUGAUCUUCAAAACUUUGUCAAAAUGAAUCCCAAAUGUAUGUUGAACAAACCUCAUCAAGGAAAACAGCUGCAAAGAUUUUUACCGGGAAAAUUAAUGGAUGCAAACAAGCAAUGCCAAAUGUUGAAUGCACUAAGAGCUUUUGUAAUCAAUGACAGUAUUUGUUUACGUUUGCAAUGUGUAUUUGGAAUAAAUGCUUUGUUCUCAGAUUACGUUAUACCCUCAGCUGCUGAAGGAACACCAUGUGGUGUAGGAAAAAUUUGCCUUCAUGGUAAAUGUAUUUAUGAAAGUCAAAUUACGUAUAUCCAUCAUAGAAUGACUAAGAAUGAAUUGAUCGAAAUUUUUGGUGUCGAAACUUUAUCGGAAGUGCCUCAUUACGAUGUUGUAUCCAUUUCUGUAACAAAAUCACAAAAUCACCGGAAGAACCUCCUCAUUUCUGUAAAACCUUUUGGAAAACAUAUAAAAAUGUGGCUUAAUCCUGCGUCUGGGAUCCUGGCGGGUGAAGAUAUGCCUAUUUACAAGGUAUCAAGUGAUCCGGAUAAUAAAAGCAUGGUUGACAUACAAACAGACCAAAAUUUGAUAAAGUCGCUACUUCCUCAAAUGUACGAAAACACUUUGUAUGCCACUACAAUUGCUGUUAACAAUCAUUCUCUUGGACAAAGUCUGAAAGGUGUAAUUGGAGAUUCUUUCAUUCAACCGGUUCUACAUCGAUUAAGAAAUCAUGUAAAGAAACUAAAGAAGCUUCAUCAUCUAGAUAAUCGAGUUUAUCACAUCGUUCACAAGAUACAUUCCAAAAACAUGCAUUCUCCAACAUUGAACGUAAAGGCAUCAAAAAUCUCAAGAUCAAAAAAUCUGUAUCCGAACGUCAUAUACCCCGAAAUCUUGAUUAUAGCCGAUUACAACUUCUUGAAAAAGUUUGAGAAAAUCGAAGAUGCUGUAAUGUAUCUUCUGACGUUUUGGAACGGUGUUGAUAUGAGGUAUAGAAGUUUAGAACAUCCAAAAAUUAGAUUAAACAUUGCUGGUAUUGUGGUUGCUCAGGAUCCAUUUGUUCUCCGAUGCAUGAAUAUAGUUAACGACAAAUUGAUGGGAUCUUCAAAUAUCCUGAGUGCAAUGGGCAAAUGGUUGUACUUCAUGCACAAGUGGAUUCCAAUCACGAGUUAUGAUAUUGCAGUGACUAUGAGUCCAUUUGAAUUAUGUGAGUACGAAUACUUGUGUGGUGUUCUCGGACAAGUUGCAGAUGUAGGGGCCGCUUGUCAUGUCUCAAAGAAGGAUCAGACAAUCAAGAAAGUAGCAAUCAUUCGUGACAGGGCCGCUUUUGAUGGUGUCAAUACUGCAGCUCACGAAUUGGGACACAUGUUUGGAAUGAUGCAUGAUGGUCAAAUCAACAGAAAGUGCAGUGAAAAGCAUGGUUUUAUCAUGUCACCUACGAAUCAACAUUCAAAACACUCAUUUGAAUGGUCAAAUUGUUCUCUCACUGAUAUGCAGCGUUUCUUAAAAAGCUCAAGAGCAUCAUGUUUGGAGAACAAGCCCAAUCAGGGCAAAACAAUAGAGCGAUAUUUACCAGGAAAAUUAAUGGAUGCAGAUCAGCAAUGCAAAUUUAUGAAAGCUGGGAAAGCGCUUGUGAUAGAUGACAGUAUUUGCACGCAGCUCAAGUGCUUGAUAGAGGUUCAUUCGGAUCCGUUGCCUGAAGCUGCUGAAGGUACGCCUUGUGGUGAUGGGAAACUUUGUCUUCACGGAAGAUGUGUUUCCGAAAGCAGUGUAACGUUGUGA